AUGGUUGUCACCGUAUUUACAGCCAUCCGUGGCCGUGUUUUGCCUACCGCAAGUACCAUAUUUAUACUAGCGAGUGGAGCUGUAUCCAGCACCCGUUCCAUUCUUUCUGCGGCUCACGCAGGGCUUGCGGUUGCAGGCAUUGCUGUCACCACUACCCGCACAAUUCUUUCAAUAGCAAACAAAGGACUCGCCAAGGCACCCAGGGCUGGAGCUGGUCGCAAGAUUCUCUCGGUAGCCAGUACGGGGCUCACAAUCUCUAGCGGCGCGAUCAUAACCGCUCGCGCUACGCUCUCAGUAGCGGGUAAGGGCCUCGCAGUCACAGACAUAGCAAUCAACACCACUCGUAAAGUCUUCGAAGUGAUCAAUACCAAACCUCAAGCUGUACAGACACCUACGACGUUAAACGCGGUUUCACGUCUUAUCCCCACGCGAGCGGCUGCACUCAUGAGCGACGCCGUCGCUGUUACCCGUGAUGUGCUCUCGUCGGCCAGGAAUGGGCUCACAAUAGCUCGUGGUGCGGCCUGCACUACUCGUCGUGUGCUCUCACUGGUGUCAGCCGGAUUUACAGUUGCGCGUGUCACUGCGAAGACGACCGCUGCCUCUGGCGUUCUUUCAAUUGCCCUGGCUAGCACUCGCGCCGCCCUCUCCAUCGUGGCUACAAGACUUACAGCCGUACGUGUCACUACCACAACGGGCACGGAAGCCUUCCCACACGGUGUCACAGCCGCACUCACUAGCGGCACCAUUAGUACCACUCGCACCGUACUCUUGGUUGCCAACGUGGGACUCGCAAUAAUCGGUAGCGCAGUCACAAAGUCUCACACUGUCUUCUCAGCGAUCAAUGCGAGAUUUUCAUGCGCGACGGCGACACCUCAACCUACAUAUGCCUCUUGGAGAUUGGCUUCAAUUGCGAGUACCGCAUUCAGCGUUCUUCUAGUAUCUAGGAAGGGAGCCACAGCCAUACAAAUCCAUACGACAGAAGACCAAGCUAGAUUCACAAUAGCCGGCACUACAGUUACGGCCAUCUGGCGCUCCGUCAUUGCCGUCAAAGCCUUCUUCGUCGGUCCCGACACUGAACUCGCAGUGGUCCAUAUGUCUACUACUGGGAAUGGGACUCCGCGAUCGAUCUUACGUGCGGCAGGCGAAAUUGCUAGUGGCAUGAUCACCGCCAUUCACAUGAUCUCUUUGACGACCAGAACAGGAUAUUCAAUCCUACGCAUGACUGCGAGACUUACAAUGCUGGCGAUGACAGUGUUCUGCAUUACCGUGACUUUAACCAGGGGCAUCGUCACAGCUAUUCAUUACCCCAUUGCGCUGGCCAGCGCGAGACUCACGAUCAUGCGUGACGUUGCCGCGUCAUUCAGGCAAGGUUCUUCCACAGCCGGUGCUGCAUCUGUAGCUAUGGAAGUACCAGGCGGCGUUGUUGCCAAGGUCAAAGUUAUCACUCGCAAUAUUCUCGCGUCCGCAAGUAUAAGGUAUUCACCGCAAAAUCCAACACCUACGACAGAUCCAUCCAUCGGUGUCGUGGAGGAUGGCGAUUAUCUACUUCGUAGUGAUCGCGCUAGACGUAUAUCCGCUAAGCUUUUUCUGGCGGCCAACACAAGACUUGCAGGCGCUAUGACUGCGGUAGCACGAUCUGUGCUCUCGUUUCAUAGUAGCGAUGAACGUCUUCCGGCUAUUGCUACGUUCGCCCGGUGCCCACAGCGGAUCUAUUCUGCCCAAUGCCAACCCUCACCCUCCUUGUCAUACUUGCCACAUGCGAAUUCGUAUUGCAACUUAUGGUCACACAUCAUGACGAGCGAGUCUACUACCCAACUUCGAGGCUAG